GACUUCUCCGUCCGUAGCCGUAGAUCAAACCGUUCCAAUGUUGGAUCGAGACCAAGCUACAUGAAUGUUGUUUUGUGUAUGUGUGUGCUCGGCAAGCGUGAAACACCGUACGUGUAUGGCCUUUGGGACAGGUCGAGAAACCCUUUGGUAAGAAAGAUCUGUGGACUGUGGACAGCCACAACGUGAGAACUUUCAAAACGGUGUUCGGAUCACUAACUACAGUGGACCGGGGGAUCUAGAUCUAUCUAGAUCUUGCUGUGCCCGCCAAGAAGUCGUAUGACUUUAUGCUUUCUCUCGGAUUAGUGACUUGAUUGUGAUCGCAAAUCGUGGGAAUCUAGGACUGACGGUUGACACUAACCUAAAGCCAUAUUAUUAAUAGCACUUUUGGCUUGGGUUUUUUAAGUCGUGCUCCGAAUGACUACUUGUUCAACCCCUUCAUUUAUUUCCGUAUUCUUCGGUAGAUUACGGUGUCUUGAUUUUGGAAGUCGGAAAAAAAUUAAUUGAACUGAUAUCGAGAUAAAGAUUUAGAUGAGGUGUGUUAUUGUACAACUACUUGAUGUUAUCUCAUUGUAGUUGAAAUCGAUGUCUACUGAGCUCUUUGUUUCAGUGUUUUGUUUGCAGGGAGUGUAUUUUUGCUUCCAAAACUCCACUCUCUUCUGAAUAUAAGACAUUAUAUUAUUCUAAAGAGGAUUUUUAUAACCUACCCUUUCAUACAACUAGUCAAGAAUCACAUAUUUUUAGUAUUCAGUGAACUGUCUCAGUGAUUUGGGAACUCAUAGGUUCUUUGUCUCUGUUAAAAUAUAUACAUGUGCAUCGUAUCUCUUGGACUUAAUUAAAAUUUUCUCGGAUUUUUUCCCACUCUGAAUUUUGUGAGUUCUGUGUGUUGACGGUAUUUUCUACAAGACAAGGAUAAUACUUCGAUUUCCUGAGACUCUUUGUGGACAUAACAAGAAUACAGAACCAUUGGCUGACGUCAUCUUGUGCUUCCUACAUCUCGGAACCACUGGGAUCUCUUUGGAUUAACAGCUCUCGUUUUGACUGAGGUUUAAUCAGACAAGUCACCUCAUCUAGAUCGGACCUCUUCAAAAAAUCUCGCUUGGCCGCCGCUAGUGGAUCGUAGCCUUCACUGGCUCCGACCCCACCACCAGCCACCACAACCACAACCACAACAGCAGCCACCGCUGCAUUAUAAUGUGCAUCUUCAUGGAGGAGGAGGAGGACGACAACAACAGCAGCAGCGGCAGCAACAGCGGCUCCGCGAAGCUGCAACUGAAGCAACACCACACAUGGCUCAUCCCACGCAGGAUCCUCAUGAUUAUCCUGGCGUUUGCCAUCAUCUUCUUCUUUCUCGGGAUGGUCCUUAUGGCUAUUGGUGGAGGGAUUGGUAGUACAGGGAGACGCAAUGGAAUGAGGAUUUCGUAGACACCCCAGGCUACGCCAGCAUAGGCCGGCCCUCUGCCCUCAAGUCGGCCGACUCCACCCUUAGACGGAAUGGAACAGCCGGCCAGAAGAAGGUCACAAUGGCGCCCGACGUAGGUCCUUACGGAGAGAGCCCGCCCAACGCUGUACAGGGGGGUGCUGGGCUCGCCGGAAGUCGACAGGACAUCAACAGGAACCCUGCCUUGUACGGCGGGGCAGGGGGAAGCACUGGCUUCUACGGCGACGUAGGGGGCAGUCAGAGCGGGACUCUCACUAGGGGCGCUGGUGACAGCAGUGUGGGUACUGGAGGGAUCCGUAUCACCCACCUAGACGGCAGUCAACCUUUCCCUUCACCCGGAGGUCAUGUGUAUCAGACGGCUGGGCCAGGCCAUGUUGUGUACUCCGGGGGUGGCAGCUCGGCCAGUAGCUCUAUAGACACUUACGCUUACCCUAGAGGUGGUACGCUUCAAAGUGGACCUGAGUCGGGCUUCAGUGAGGUUUCUUCUAGAUCCUUCCGUCAAGACGGCUCAGGCUAUGACGCAAGUGGGUCUGGGUCUCAGUAUUCCACUAUCAGAUCGAUCCCCGUGACCCAUAUCGUAACGGACGCCCAGAAACAACAGCAACAGCAACAGCAGCAGGAGACAGUUGAGUACGCACGCGUGAACAAGCCAGCCCGGAAUGUCCAAACGAUUGCAAUGGACGUGGGUGGUCCUCAGCAAGGCUUCGUGGUCCAGAGUGCCGGUGGAGGUCAACACGUGCAAUCCUUCAGCUCCCAAGGUAGCAGCAGCAUCAGCAGCAGCGGCGGCGGUGGUGGUCAAGUCCAGCAUCAGAUGCAAGGCCAGAAGUUCCCGGUGAACCUGGAAGACUUUGACUACGACAAUCCUGUAGAACGCACGCCCAUGAUCCCACCCAAACAGGGCCAGCUCCAGGGCCAGUCGUACCACGAGCAGCAGAUGCAGUACCAGCGACAGCAGAGAAUGAGAAGCCAGCAAGACCUGCACGCCCCCAGGCAGCUCCACACGCAGAGCCUGCAGCGGGAGUAUGCACGCAACCCUUACGUCGUUCAGCAGCAGCCCUUGUUGCUGCACGAUCAGCACUUCCAGCAAGGACAGCAGCAACAGCAGCAGCAGCAGCAGCAGCAACAGCAGCAGCAGCAGCAAGUGCAGUAUCAUCAGUCGUCCCAGUCUUCUUCUUCCUCGUCACGGAAUGUAAUCCCGGCGGAUGAUGAUUUGCCCGAGCCACAACCCCUUGUGUAUCCCUCCGCCCGCCGUCCAAUGACAUUUGAGCAAAUCUCCUCCUCCAAGAUGAGCAUGUACGACAAUGUACUGUCUGGAGUGAAAGAUGAAGAGGAAGAAGAGUAAAUGAAGUGAUGAAGAAGAAGAAAAAGAAGACGAAGAAGAGCAAGAAGAAAUACAAGAACAAGAACAAAAAGGUGAGACAGGUAAAGAACGAGGAGAAUGGCCUUGAUGAAGAGAAAGAGGGUGGAAAAAGAGAGAACAAGGAAGAAGACCAGUUUGAAGUAUCAAAGAGGAGAACGAUAAACGGAGAGGCGAUGUAGAGAAAAAAGGGAAGUUGAAGAAAGAGUGCAAGUUGACAGUUGCUACUAAUGAAGAAGAAGAAGAAGAAGAAGAAGAAGAAGAAGAAGAAGAAGAAGAAGAAGAAGUAAAAGAAGAAG